ACUGCUCAGUGCUGCAUUGGUCUCGGCUCAUGUUCGUAGAGUCGAUGGUCGUAGUGCGGAGAACGGAGAACGGACAGUGUAAUGCGUCCUAGUGGAGUUACAUUAUAACGACGUUAACAUGGCGUUGGAACUCCUAAUCAACAAUGCAAUAAGGUAAGGCACGUCUAAAAGUAUGGGGUCAGAGGAAGAUGUAUGUGAAGCAUACCCUGAACUCCUGGUCUACUCCAUGCGGAUGGAAUGGAUCGGGUUGGACGGAAAGACGUACUUGAACAGUUCAGUGCGGGUGGAAUGGUCCGAGAAUGACAGCCGUGCAGUGUGCGAAGUUCCUAAGAAACUUUCAGAUAGGACAGCUCAAGACUAUACCCUCCCACAGGACGCAGACGCUUCUGGACACUGCGUACGAUGUUUGGUACAGGUUCUAGCGUUUGUAGCAUUGGUUGUCCUCUUUCUCCGAGGGCUGGGAGUGCAGACACUGCGCACAGUGACGUUUCCACCCCCGAAGUGUGGAGGUCUCUCCGUGGAAAGCUGGAACAGAGAGUCGCCCAAGAGGUGGGCAAAGCCCCCGGAACGCAGAACUCGGUCAGCUGCAGCAGUUCUAGAGCGAAGCCUGUACAGACCUCUACUUGCUACCGCUAGAUCUGAACCUCGCGACUUCCAGACAAACGAUCCUGUCGAGGUACAAGAAGAACUCCUCAACUCCGAGGAGGAGGAGGAACAAGAGGAUCCUCGAGAGUACUGUCGAGGAGGUUACCAUCCUGUGUCCAUCGGGGACAUCUUCCAUUGCCGCUAUGAGGUUGUACGUAAGCUGGGUUGGGGCCACUUCUCUACAGUGUGGCUCUGCUGGGACCUCCUCCAAAAAGAGUUUGUUGCACUCAAAGUAGUAAAAAGUGCUCAUCACUACACAGAAACAGCUCUGGAUGAGAUAAAACUUCUCAAAAGGGUACGUGAUGCAGACAUAGACGAUCAAAAUCGAAAUAGGGUUGUGAGAUUACUGAAUGAUUUCAAAAUGACUGGUCAGAACGGCACUCAUGUCUGUAUGGUGUUUGAGGUGCUGGGAAAUAAUCUGCUCAAGCUGAUAAUCCGUAGCGGCUACCAAGGCAUUCCUCUAGAAAACGUCAAAGUUAUCAUUAAACAGGUUCUCGAAGGACUGCAUUAUCUGCACACCAAGUGUGAAAUAAUUCAUACAGACAUUAAACCAGAAAACAUUCUAUUAUGUGUGGACGACAGUUAUGUUUAUCGGAUAGCGUCAGAGGCUGCUCAUUGUUGGAAGAGGUUCGGAAGACUGCAAGAGCUGAAAAAUUUGAAACCAUUUACUGAAAUCGAGGUAGGCAGUUGUGGAACCGAGAGUGAAGACAAUAGUGUUGCAGUAGCAGCUAGCAACGGAAAUGGCAAUGGUAACGACAGCACUGCGUCUGGCGGAGAAGGGACAGUCUUGCUGUCAUCCAGCGCCAGCUCUGAGGCUUCUUCCUUGCCUUCCGAUACUAAAGGAAAAUUCCGCAGAGUUCAGUCCUGCCCUGAUCAUCAGGAACUUCGUAACGAUUGCAUGGAUCCUGUUCACCAUGUUUGUGACAUCAGCGUAAAAAUCGCAGACCUCGGAAACGCAUGUUGGAUUAGUCAUCACUUUACCGAGGACAUACAGACGAGGCAAUAUCGCAGCCUAGAAGUGCUGUUAGGCAGCGGCUAUGGCCCCCCAGCAGACAUAUGGAGCACCGCCUGCAUGGCAUUUGAACUUGCCACUGGGGACUUUCUAUUUGAGCCCCAUUCUGGCAAUGGCUACAACCGAGACGAGGACCACUUAGCACAUAUCAUCGAACUGCUCGGCCCCAUACCUCUUCAUAUAUUGAAGCAAGGGAAGAAUUCUAAAGACUAUUUUACUCCAGCAGGAGAGCUGAAGAACAUAUCCAAAUUGAAGCCAUGGACUCUCAGUGAAGUUCUCAUGGAGAAGUACGAGUGGCCACCUCACACAGCCAGAGCGUUCUCCGAGUUCCUAACUCCGAUGCUUGAGUUUGACCCGGACUGUCGGUGGAGCGCAGCACAGUGCCUACAACAUCCAUGGCUUCAAUCGUGACCACUCCCCACCCCCUCCAUCAGUUUGAUUGAACUUGCUUGGUUUUUCUGGAAGAACCGACCAAGUUUGUUUUUAGGGUUAUUAUGUGUAUGUUAAUGUAACAACUAAAUUUUCCUGGAUUUAAGCUGGCAUUCAAAAUGUGUUUUAGUCACACCAAACUCAAAUAUCCGUCAUCAAAAGAAUAUAAAUGGAUCAGUGGCAACACUUUCUUUUAGUAUUAUUCAAUUUAUUUUCAUUUAGAUUUAGACAUAAGCCAUGGUAAAGUAUAUCUUUGGUCUUUGGCGAAUCUACUGUUCAAAACAGAGAAUUUUGUAACCACCCUGGAUAGGAUAAUGUGACUUUGAAUUCCACAUUAGCAACAAACAUUUUGCAUAACUAAUGUUCACUGUCUACUGAACGCUUGUUAUUGCACUGGUACAACAAACACAAAGACCUAAAGCAUAACUGGACAAGUACAUGCUUGAUUAUAAUAUAACCAGUGUCUUGCAAAAACCAUUAGAUCAACUAUAUAAAAUUACUUUCUGAAAAAAUCUUUAUAUAGCUCAAUAAACAUUUGGUUUCAUCCAUUUUCUAAAUCAUAUAAAAUUACUAAUGCUGCUUUAACCAUUUGUCUGUAGUGUUUAAAUACAUAACAACAAUUUUAGAGUAAAAAUGGUCUUUUAAAUGUACAUAAAAAUAUUUCUUGUUGAGUAAAAAAAUUUAGCAAUAAAGGAUAUAUUACCUUGUGAAUAUUACCAGGUAAUUCAAUUUGGUAGUCAGGAAGAGAUGUUAUAAAAUAUCCACAGUUUGUUCAUGAAUUCGAAGAUGAAGCCAUCCCAAUUAAGCUUUGGAACCAAGUUAAUUUAGCCUAUUAUGUAUAAAUGACAGUGAUUAAGAAGCUUUGUCUCGGUGAAGGAACUUAUUUUAUCUAGAUAGUAAUUGACCAUCUUCUCCUGAGUGUAUGAAAUAAUAACUUUUCAACCAUCAAUGAAAUUAUUUUUCUGCAGAUAAUUUUACUUAACAUACCAAUGCAAUAAUGUGGUAAUGCAAUGUGCAGACUCAACUAGAAUAUACUAUCUGAGUAUAGUUAUUCCGAUUGUAAAAAACAGCUAAUUAUUUCACAGUGUUUAUCAUGUUAUCUUUCACCCGAUUAAAAAAAUAUACCUCAAUCAUUUUACCAGCCAAAAUACAAGUUUUGGCUUUGUUUCCAUAGAUUGUAAUACUGGCUAUUCUAAUUUGAAGAUUGUAGUCCAGCUAGCGAUGUUUUCUUCACAGAAGUAAUUUUUGCAAUGGUAGGGGUUGCAAGCCCUCCUCAGGUACACCUAUGGUAUUGGUGUUGUGAAAGUUGUGAUUUUAUGAAUUGGUUUUGUCACUGACACAUUUGUGUUCUGGUUUAGUAAAUUUAACCACUUCGGGAUCGUAAAUCAAAUAUAGAAUUUAAAUUGAUUUCAAUAUUUAUUAUUGAUAAAAAAUGACCACAUCAUGAUGACAUUUCAUGUUUAGAAAAGCUGGUAAAUAGCUUAUAUUGAUUCAAACUAAUAACUGUUAUGGUGUAUCCAAAUGUAUAAUCUAGUCACAUCAGUUUGUUAGAUGAUUUUAGUUUCUUCAUGGAAGUAAUAAAUGUUAGUUUCUAAAGUUACUGUAAAUGUCCAUAAGUGUUAGUAAAAAUAUUAUCACUAAAGAGAAGAAAUUUAAUUAUGUUUAAGUGUUUGAUAAUAGUACACAAACCUGUUUUAGGAUAUGUUAAUUAAGUUUAAACAAUAAUGAUAAAAACGCAUAUUUCAUCCAUCUGUGACUAGUACGGUUCUCAAACGACAGUAAGCUCUUUUUGGUAACAUUUUUAUUAGUUAUACUCAGACAAUUGUACUUAAUGUAAAGUAGUGUAGAACAUAAAUGUAGAUAUUAUAGUAAAGUGUAAUGCAGUUCACACAAAAGUGUAAACCAAAGAUUUCAAACAAAUAACUUCCUUCUGUAUCAUACUCGUCAUGAGAACUAUUGAGAUGUACUCAAAACAUAAGACUGAUCAGAAAUGAAAACCUCUGGUAUUUGUAAUUAUUUAUGUUACCGUACCAUGUUUAUACUUAUUGAGGAACAUGUAAUCUGAACAUAUGAUUCGUGGAAACAAAUUACCUGCUCAACACGUGUUUUUGGAUUGGAGAUAAUUUACUUAUGUAUAUAAAGUAAUUCCACUUGAAACGUGUUUCUUAAGCGACAACCCAAGGGCAGUUAUACAAAAUCAGCUGAAACUGGUAAAUAUUUCAAACAACCUUUUACUAAAUCUUAUAGAACCAAUUCGAUAUUAUUUUUACCAUAGCAAACAAGAAAAUUCCACCCCAUCAUAAGUAUAUAUAUAUAUAUAUAUAUAUAUUUUCUUUUUCCUAAAUAGUCAGUUGUCUACACAAAUAACAAGUUGUAAAAUAAGUAAUAAGCAAAUCCAAUGAAAGAGGAAAAAAUUAAACACUUGUUGCAUUUACAUUUUACAGUUUAUGCCUAACAGAAAGCCCUUGCCUUAAGUGGUAUAAGUUUGGUGUCAUAACAAUAAUAUGUGCCCGGCAUAAUUUUUGUCAAUUUAUCAUAAUGAAAGGUUCACAAAUAUUGAUUUAUUUGUAUUUUUUGUCUAUCACAGUUGUAAAGGAAUAACAAAUUGAAUAAUGAUGGAAUAUGUUUAAAGUGGAGAACUAUGUCUUUGAAACAAGCUCAUCUUAAGAGAGAUGGGAAUGUUUAGCUCAGAGCAAGUUGUUUAAUGUGUUUUAUAUCUGCCAUUGAUAUUAUCAAACUGUAAAGUGAUUAUUUGAAUAUAUCAAGUCAUGUUUUACACACUGGUUUAUACCAACAAGCUUUCUACAGACCUUAUAAUUAAAAAUAUUGUAUAGUCUCUAAAAUAAAUAA